AUGACCACCCGGUACGGAUCAGGAAACGGGGCGGGCCUGAACUGCAUGCUGCGCAUGCACGAGAUUUGGCGACGGCAUGCGCCAGAAGAGAUUGACCGUCUAAUCUUAGAAUUGGCCUGGUGGGGAGGACAGUUCCGUUGGUAUACUCGUGGAAGCACCAGGAUGCUGGAUGCCACCCUAUUCGUCCGUGCAGCAGCGGCGGAAUGUCUUUCAGCGUUGAUGUACAACGGAAGACAAGACCACCUGGAUCCCGACCACCCUCUGUGGUGCUGCACACCAAUGCACGAGCGUCGACCAGUGAACCUACAUUUGUAG